AAGAUUGAUUCUCCACAAAGAAUUUUUAUGAUUUUGAUAUUUCUGGUGAUGAGAAUCAUAACCUAUGUCUAAAAUUAGUUCUUGACACAGUUUCUGACGUAAAAUUGAAUAAUUAACCCAACAUUUGAUAGAAAGAUUAGAUUCAUUGUCUUGAAGUCAUUUAACUGGAAUCAUCAUACACCAUUUUGUCUAUACUUAGUAUAAUUAUAUAUAAUCUCUUUAGUUAAAAGUGGUGAUAGUUUAGAACAGGUGCAAAAAAAAAGUACGUGAAUUUUUGAAGCGCGUCUUAAAAUAGUAAACACUUUAAUAAUAUCAACUGUUUAUGAUAGUUACAUUAUUAGUAUCUAGUACCAGACACAACCAUGGAUGAACUACAACUAAGUCAAUUAGACACAAGGGAUGAGAGAGAUUCUACACCUGCCAAAGAAUCCACCACUCAAACUGAAGAUGUGUUAGGGCUUGAUACCAACAUCAAAUUAACCAAAAGACUUAAGAUUGCUAGAUUGGAUAAUGAAAGAAUAUUCAAUGAACAAACUGGGUUGAAAUAUAUAAUAAGAAAUCAUCGUCAAUUGUUGAAGUCCAUAAAUAAGGCAGAUGCUAACUUACAAAAGAAAUAUCAAAACAAGUCCAAAAUUCCACACUCAGCAAGAUUAGAACAUGAAUAUGACAAUUUAAGUACGGUAUUACAAUUCUAUCAACUUUGGUGUCAUGGACUUUUCCCCAAGGCUAAUUUUAAAGAUUGCAUUCAUUUACUUAGAAGUUUAGGAGCUAAAUCAUCUCAACUUAGGAUUUAUAGAAGACAAUUAAUAGAGGCAGAAAUAAACAAGUUGAAGAUCGAGAAGGGAAUAAUAGAUGAUGUCCCAUUGAUUAAUAGACUUGAACCAGAUGGUGAAAAUCAAAAUGAUGAAGGUUCAACUUCGACUGAUCAAACUUCAAAUGUUCAAAAUUCUACAACAGAUGAUGAUUGGAGUUUCAUGAAUAGAAAUAGUUCCGAAUCAGCUCCAGUAUCGCGUCCAUCAAAUGGAUUAUUUCUUGAUGAAGACGAUGAUGACUUAUAUCAUACCCCAACCACUGACAUUUCUAAACCUGCGCAAUCAUUACUGACAAAUACAAAAAGUACGAGUGAUGAUGACUUCUCAGAUGAUGAUGAUCAAUAUGUACUGAUAAAUAAUACCAAAGAUGGAGAAGCAGACUCUUAUCCAGAAGAACAAGCAUCCGAAGUACAACCUGAAGAUGAAGAGAAUGAAAUGGAUUUAAUGAGAGAAUUUGGUAUGUAAUAUUAAUAAUAAUAAUAUAUAUCUAUAUAUAUAUUUCUAACUGGUUAUAUAAAUUUGUCUAAGAAUACUAGUAUGCAUAAAGAUACUUGAUAAAUCAUCAUUCGAAAAUGUCGAAUCUGUAGAUUCAUUUAACAUAGCAAUCAAAUAACCUCCACUACGUAAAUAAACAUCAAUGAGUUUUCUAUCUUUUUCUUGAGAUUUUCUUACUAAUUUAGAAUUGUGUCUGUAGAAUGGCAUAAUAGCUCCACUAUUAAACAUUGAAUUCCCUUGAGAAUUUGAAAAUGCAAUUCCAAAUUCUGAUGUAAAAGCUUGAUAAAGAAAAGUAUUUUCAAGAUUGAAAGAAUUACUAGAAGAACCAUGAGUUCCAAUUAUUCUUGUCAUAAAUUGAUUAUCAGUUUUAUUUUGCUUGAUUAAUUUACUAGCAUAUCUGUAAUUUUCAGCUUCUAUCUUAGUUUCAUUUGAUGGAAAAUAUUCGGAUGGAAUUUGA